AUGCUCGAACAUGUACUUGUUUUGAGUGCCUAUUUAUUUUCUAUUGGGAUCUAUGGAUUGGUCACGAGUCGAAAUAUGGUUAGGGCCCUUAUGUGUCUUGAACUUCUAUUGAAUGCAGUUAAUAUAAAUUUCAUAACAUUUUCUGAUUUUUUUGAUAAUCGCCAAUUAAAAGGAAAUAUUUUCUCAAUUUUUGUUAUAGCUAUUGCAGCCGCCGAAGCAGCUAUUGGACUGGCUAAUUGA